AUGUUCCUCCAUUGCGCUCGCGCGCGUCCCCUGAUUCGCGAGCUUCCCUUGGCACGAGGUUUCGAGCUUUCCUUGGCACGAGGCUUCCGCUGCACCAGUCGGAGGCUCUGCGAGAACGCGGCGGCAUCCGCGGCGUCGCAGAAGCCGCCUGCAGACCACAAAGCAGCCGACGAAAAGGCGCUCAACUUCCUGGCAGAGCGCGGUAGCAGCCUCGGCAUUCGGCUGUCGCUCAGGGAACGGCAGCUAAUAAUCGAGGCGGCGGACACCGACGGUGACGGUAAGAUGUCCAACGAGGAGUGGGACCGACUCGUCAGCCGGCACGCGAUGGCCUCAAACGAGCGUCUAACUCUUGCGCAGUUCAUUCUGAGGUCGAUUGAUCAGCAGCACGGCCAGCAGUUGCUGCGCGUUACGGCAAGAGUCGGCGCCACCUUCUUCGCCGUGACUGGCGCCAACGUGGCGGGCGAGUGCGGCAUGCACGUCUUCGGCGCCACACUCGUCGGCUGCAUCACUGGCCUCGCGGGCGGCACCAUCAACUCGCUGCUAAUCGGCAGCACCGUCGGCUGGACGCGCGAUCCUGCCCUCCUGGCCUACUGCAUGGCCGCGUGUGUCGCUGGCUUCUACCUCUGGCCGCUCGCUGACCGGCUGAUGCAACCGGAGGGCGGGAGCGGCGCUCCACCCGGCAGCGACUCCGUCGUACGCUACAGCAUCGAGUCGGUCGCGCUCGGGGCGGCAGCGGUCGUCGCGGCGCAGCAAGGCAUCGUGCAAGGGCUGCACCCUCUCAUCAGCUUGUGCCUCGGAGUGACCAUCGCCUUCGGCGGGGCGGGGCGCGAUCUGCUGUGUGGCCGCGAGGUGCGGCUCAACCACAUGUCGGGCAGCCAGUCUUACGCCGUCGCCGCCUUCUCUGGCGCCGGCGUGUACGUCCUUCUGCGCGAGCUGCACGUCUGGAACUGCAGCGGGUCGAGCGUGAAGCUGGUCACCGGCGGGGUCCCGAUCGGCCUGCGGAUCGCAAUGGGAGUGGGCACGAGCGUCGCUAUCCGCGCGUAUGCUUGGUGGCGGCGCCCCGACGACCUCUUCUGGUCGAUGGACGCUGCCGCGACGGCGAACGAAGAGUGGCUGUCGAGGCUGCUGCGGUCACAGUGA